CUCCGAGGCCUCGCGCAUGGCCACGCCCCCUCUCCGGAUCGGGUGACGUUGCCGACACCUACGCGCGUCGCGCCGAGAGUUGACGGACGCCCCCUGGUGCACUACUGAAGAUUUCGGGAGCUCGGAAGAGGCUCUUCCGGGCGGCCGCGAUGUCCAACCCGCGGCUUGUCAGCCGGCUCCUGGAUCUAUGUCUUUGGUGCUUGAUUCAGAAUAUUUCCAGGUACAUCACAGACAUUAAGCCUCUGCCUCCCAACAUAAAAGAUAGACUGAUUAAAAUAAUGAGCAUGCUGGGACGGAUAACAGAUGCAAAUAUAAAUGAGAUUUUACAUCCUGAAGUCCAAACUCUAGAUCUGCAGAGUUGUGAUAUCUCUGAUACUGCUCUCCUCCACUUGUGUAACUGCAGAAAACUGAAGAAACUAAACCUAAAUUGCUCAAAAGGAAACCGCAUUUCCAUAACUUCAGAAGGAAUAAAAGCUGUGGCUUCGUCUUGUUCUUAUCUGCAAGAAGCUUCUAUGAAGAGAUGCCAGAACCUCACUGAUGAAGGUGUCCUCGCUCUUGCAUUCAACUGCCGGCUGCUCAAGAUUAUUGACUUAGGAGGCUGCCUCAGUAUUACUGACGUGUCCUUGUGCGCCUUAGGAGAGCACUGCUCACUUUUGAAGUGUGUAGACUUUUCAGCUACUCAGGUGUCUGACAGUGGAGUGGUUGCGCUUGUUAGUGGGCCAUGUGCCAAGAAAUUAGAGGAGAUUCACAUGGGGCACUGUGUUCACCUGACUGACGAUGCCGUGGAGGCCAUUGUCACCUGCUGUCCUCAGAUCCGGAUUCUACUCUUCCAUGAGUGCCCACUGAUAACAGAUCGUUCUCGAGAAGUCCUGGAGCAGCUCUCAGGCCCAAACAAACUCAAGCAGGUGACAUGGACGGUGUACUGACGCUCGCCGAGAGGGACACAGGCUGGAGACCUCACCCUCUCACUGACUUCAGUGUCCGUUGUGAGCCCAGCUGUCACUCUGGGAGGUGGCAGCUGAACUUCAGCGUGCACUUCCAUGCUUUGAAGCUUCCCAGACACAAACAUGUCAGCGCUGCUAUGCGGUGUUCGCUUCCCAGGACGCCUCCUGCGUGGUGAGCCCCGCAGUGAGCUCGAGCGCUUCGAGCCGGGGAAGGCUGGUGUGGUUGCUGAAAUAAAAGUCUCAACUCACGUUUUCCCUCAAAAUUUCCUUCUCCUACAAGUAGGUAUUUGAACCGUUCUAAGAGAAAUUUAGUUGUCUGAAUUAACUUUAGGAGAAUUCUAAAUAAAGUUCUUUC